CGCCUGCUCCCUCGCCGACCUGCGCGCGCUGCCCGAGCCGGACCGCCGCCGCUUCCCCGGGAGCCGGCUCCGGGCCGCCCUGCUCCUUUGUUUCCCCCCGUCUGGCCUCUCUGGGGGGCAUGUGUGCGAGUUGUCUCGCUGUCAGAAAUUUCCUUUCCACGGUGUGGGCAGGAGGCAGAUUUUUUCCCCCCUGUUAACUGCUUCCCUUCUGUUUUAUCGAUUUUAUUUUCCAUUUCUCCCCCUUACCUCCUCCUGCCUUCCUUCCCCCUUCUUUCUUUGGGUUGCUCCUUCGGCCCCCUUCCAUUUCACCGUCUUUCCUCCCCGCCCCCCUCUCUCGGAGCCCCUCCCCCCACCCGUUUGCUCUUUUAAAAUAAUUCAGGGAUGCCUCGGGAAUACUAGCACGCCCUGCCCAUUCAGCCGAGCGCGGGACCCUGCGUGAAUUCCAGAGCAAUGUUCUGGGAUGGUGCCGGAGAUGCGUGGACUGAGCCCAGGCCGCAGGCUGCCCGAGCCCGCCCCCUGCCCCGCCGCAGGCGGGAACCCUGAGCCCUGGGCCUUGGGCCGCCGCCACCGCCACGUCCUAGCCCUGCCUGAGGAGGAGGCAUGGCGGCCCCAGCAGUGCGCCCUGCUCGAGGCCGAUGCCUCGGACGAGGUGGGCAUGCUGCCCGCCUCCCCGCGUGCCGUCGCCGCGGGCUUCGACAACUUCUUCCCGGUGCAGGAGGGCGAGGGCCCCGGCUGGGAGGGCGGCGCGGCCCUGGAAGCUGGCUCCAGCCCGUUCCUCCCGGUGAGCCCCGAGGUGAUGAAGCGGCGGCGCGGGGGGCUCAUCGAGCAGCGCGACAUCAUCAAGGCCCACGAGGCGCACAAGAUGCAGAGCACCCCGCAGGCCCGGCGCAAGGAGUGGGAGAUGGCUCGCUUCGGGGAGGCGGUGGUCGGCAGGCCGGGGUCGGGCGAUGGAGACUCGGACCAGAGCAGGAACCGGCAAGGAACCCCGGUGCCGGCCUCGGGGCCAGCGGCCGCCUACAAGCAGUCGAAAGCGCAGAGGGCGCGGACUAUGGCUUUGUACAACCCCAUUCCCGUCCGGCAGAACUGUUUCACCGUCAACAGAUCCCUGUUCAUCUUCGGAGAAGAUAAUAUUGUCAGGAAAUACGCCAAGAAGCUCAUCGAUUGGCCGCCGUUUGAGUACAUGAUUUUGGCCACCAUCAUUGCCAACUGCAUUGUCUUGGCCCUGGAACAGCAUCUUCCUGAGGAUGACAAGACCCCGAUGUCCCGCAGACUGGAAAAGACAGAACCAUAUUUCAUUGGGAUCUUUUGCUUUGAAGCCGGUAUCAAAAUUGUGGCCCUGGGGUUCAUCUUCCAUAAGGGCUCGUACCUCCGCAAUGGCUGGAAUGUCAUGGAUUUCAUCGUGGUCCUCAGUGGCAUCCUGGCUACGGCAGGAACCCACUUCAACACACAUGUGGACCUGAGGACCCUUCGGGCUGUGCGUGUCCUGAGGCCCCUGAAGCUCGUGUCAGGGAUACCUAGCCUACAGAUUGUGUUGAAGUCCAUCAUGAAGGCCAUGGUGCCUCUUCUGCAAAUUGGCCUUCUGCUCUUCUUUGCCAUCUUGAUGUUCGCCAUCAUUGGCUUGGAGUUCUACAGUGGGAAGUUGCACCGGGCAUGUUUCACAAACAGUUCAGGCAUUCUAGAAGGAUUUGACCCUCCUCACCCAUGUGGUGUGCAGGGCUGCCCAGCUGGUUAUGAAUGCAAGGACUGGAUUGGCCCCAACGAUGGGAUCACCCAGUUUGAUAACAUCCUUUUUGCUGUGCUGACUGUCUUCCAGUGCAUCACCAUGGAAGGAUGGACCACCGUGCUGUACAAUACCAAUGAUGCCUUAGGAGCCACCUGGAAUUGGCUGUACUUCAUCCCCCUCAUCAUCAUUGGAUCCUUCUUUGUUCUCAACCUCGUUCUGGGAGUGCUUUCCGGGGAAUUUGCCAAAGAGAGAGAGAGAGUGGAGAACCGGAGAGCUUUCAUGAAAUUGCGGCGGCAGCAGCAGAUUGAGCGUGAGCUGAAUGGGUACCGCGCCUGGAUAGACAAAGCAGAGGAAGUCAUGCUUGCUGAAGAAAAUAAAAACGCUGGAACAUCAGCCUUAGAAGUGCUUCGAAGGGCAACCAUCAAAAGGAGCCGGACAGAGGCCAUGACUCGAGACUCCAGCGAUGAGCACUGUGUUGAUAUCUCCUCUGUGGGCACACCUCUUGCCCGAGCCAGCAUCAAAAGUGCAAAGGUGGAUGGGGCCUCCUAUUUCCGGCACAAAGAAAGGCUUCUGCGCAUCUCUAUCCGCCACAUGGUCAAAUCCCAGGUGUUUUACUGGAUUGUGUUGAGUCUUGUGGCUCUCAACACUGCCUGUGUGGCCAUCGUCCAUCACAACCAGCCCCAGUGGCUCACCCAUCUCCUCUACUAUGCAGAAUUUCUGUUUCUGGGACUGUUCCUCUUGGAGAUGUCCUUGAAGAUGUACGGCAUGGGGCCUCGACUUUACUUUCACUCUUCAUUCAACUGUUUUGAUUUUGGGGUCACAGUGGGCAGUAUCUUUGAAGUGGUCUGGGCAAUCUUCAGACCUGGUACAUCUUUUGGAAUCAGUGUCUUGCGAGCUCUCCGGCUUCUAAGAAUAUUUAAAAUAACCAAGUAUUGGGCAUCUCUGCGAAAUCUGGUGGUCUCCUUGAUGAGUUCUAUGAAGUCUAUCAUCAGUUUGCUCUUCCUCCUCUUCCUCUUCAUCGUUGUCUUUGCUCUCCUAGGAAUGCAGCUGUUUGGGGGCAGGUUUAACUUCAAUGAUGGGACUCCUUCAGCAAACUUUGACACCUUUCCAGCAGCCAUCAUGACUGUAUUCCAGAUCCUAACAGGUGAGGACUGGAAUGAGGUUAUGUACAAUGGGAUCCGCUCCCAGGGUGGAGUUAGCUCAGGCAUGUGGUCAGCUAUCUAUUUCAUUGUGCUCACCUUGUUUGGAAACUACACACUGCUGAAUGUGUUCUUGGCCAUUGCUGUAGACAAUCUGGCCAAUGCCCAAGAGCUGACCAAGGAUGAACAAGAAGAAGAGGAGGCCUUCAACCAGAAACAUGCAUUGCAGAAGGCCAAGGAGGUCAGCCCGAUGUCUGCACCCAACAUGCCUUCUAUCGAAAGAGACAGAAGGAGAAGACACCACAUGUCGAUGUGGGAGCCACGCAGCAGCCACCUGAGGGAGCGGAGGCGCCGGCACCACAUGUCAGUGUGGGAGCAGCGCACCAGCCAGCUGAGAAGGCACAUGCAGAUGUCCAGCCAGGAGGCCCUCAACAAAGAGGAGGCCCCACCAAUGAACCCCCUCAACCCCCUCAACCCGCUGAGCCCCCUCAACCCACUCAACGCCCACCCGAGCCUCUACCGGAGACCCAGACCCAUUGAGGGCCUGGGCCUGGGCCUGGAGAAAUGUGAGGAGGAGCGCAUUAGCCGCGGGGGGUCCCUCAAGGGGGACGGAGGGGACCUGCCGAGUGCCUUGGACAACCAGAGGAGCCCCUUGUCCUUGGGCAAACGGGAGCCACCAUGGCUGGCCAGGCCGUGUCAUGGGAACUGUGAUUCGACCCAGCAGGAGGCUGGGGGAGGGGAGACUGUGGUGACCUUCGAGGACCGGGCCAGGCACAGGCAGAGCCAGCGGCGCAGCAGGCACCGUCGUGUCAGGACCGAAGGCAAGGAACACUCCUCCACCUCCCGGAGCAGGUCUGCCAGCCAGGAGCGGAGUCUGGAUGAAGGGGGGCCCACCGAGGGGGAGAAGGACCGCGAGCCCAGGGCCAGCCACGGGGGCAAGGAACCCACAAUCCAGGAAGAGGAAAGAGGCCAAGACUUAAGGAGGACCAACAGUCUGAUGGUGCCCAGAGGCUCCGGGCUGGCAGGAGCCCUCGACGAGGCCAACACACCCUUAGUCCAGCCGCAGCCAGAGUUGGAAAUGGGGAAGGACACGGCUCUGACAGAGCAGGAGCCGGAGGGCAGCAGUGAGCAAGCUCUGCUGGGGGAUGUGCAGUUGGACAUGGGCCGGGCCAUCAGUCAGAGUGAGCCCGACCUCUCCUGUGUCACGGCCAACACGGACAAGGCCACCACUGAGAGUACCAGCGUCACCGUCGCCAUCCCCGACGUGGGCCCCUUGGUGGACUCAACUGUGGUUCACAUUAGCAGCAAGACUGAUGGAGAAGCCAGUCCUUUGAAGGAGGCAGAGAUCAAAGAGGAGGAGGAAGAGGUAGAGAAGAAGCAGCAAAAGAAGGAGAAGCGUGAGACGGGCAAAGCCAUGGUUCCCCACAGCUCUAUGUUCAUCUUCAGCACCACCAAUCCGAUUCGCAGGGCCUGCCACUACAUUGUGAACCUGCGCUACUUUGAGAUGUGCAUUCUCCUGGUGAUCGCAGCCAGCAGCAUUGCCCUGGCAGCCGAGGACCCUGUCCUGACCAACUCGGAGCGCAACAAAGUCCUGAGGUAUUUUGACUAUGUUUUCACUGGCGUGUUCACCUUUGAGAUGGUUAUAAAGAUGAUAGACCAGGGCUUGAUCCUGCAGGAUGGGUCCUACUUCCGAGACCUAUGGAACAUCCUGGACUUUGUGGUGGUGGUUGGCGCAUUGGUGGCCUUUGCUUUGGCGAACGCCUUGGGAACUAACAAGGGGCGGGACAUCAAGACCAUCAAAUCUCUGAGGGUACUCCGAGUUCUGAGACCGCUGAAGACCAUCAAGCGCUUGCCCAAGCUCAAGGCUGUCUUUGAUUGCGUGGUGACUUCCUUGAAGAAUGUCUUCAACAUACUCAUUGUCUACAAGCUCUUCAUGUUCAUCUUCGCUGUCAUCGCAGUUCAGCUCUUCAAGGGAAAGUUCUUUUAUUGCACGGACAGUUCCAAGGACACAGAGAAGGAGUGCAUAGGCAACUAUGUAGAUCAUGAAAAAAACAAGAUGGAGGUGAAAGGCCGGGAAUGGAAGCGCCAUGAAUUCCACUACGACAACAUUAUCUGGGCCCUGCUGACCCUCUUCACUGUCUCCACAGGGGAAGGAUGGCCUCAAGUCUUACAGCAUUCUGUCGAUGUGACAGAGGAAGACCGAGGACCAAGCCGCAGCAACCGCAUGGAGAUGUCCAUCUUUUACGUGGUCUACUUUGUGGUCUUCCCUUUCUUCUUUGUCAAUAUCUUUGUGGCUCUCAUCAUCAUCACCUUCCAGGAGCAAGGAGACAAGAUGAUGGAGGAGUGCAGCCUGGAGAAGAACGAGAGGGCGUGCAUCGACUUCGCCAUCAGUGCCAAACCUCUCACCCGCUACAUGCCGCAGAACAGGCAUACCUUCCAGUACCGCGUCUGGCACUUCGUGGUGUCGCCGUCCUUUGAGUACACCAUUAUGGCCAUGAUCGCCUUGAACACCGUCGUGCUGAUGAUGAAGUACUACUCUGCUCCCUGUACCUAUGAACUGGCCCUGAAGUACCUGAAUAUUGCCUUCACCAUGGUGUUUUCUCUGGAAUGUGUCCUAAAGAUCAUCGCGUUUGGCUUCUUGAACUAUUUUCGAGAUACCUGGAAUAUCUUUGACUUUAUCACCGUGAUUGGCAGUAUCACAGAAAUCAUUCUGACAGACAGCAAGCUGGUGAACACCAGUGGCUUCAAUAUGAGCUUUCUGAAGCUCUUCCGAGCUGCUCGUCUCAUCAAGCUUCUACGUCAGGGCUACACCAUCCGUAUUUUACUUUGGACUUUUGUACAGUCCUUUAAGGCCCUCCCCUACGUCUGCCUUUUGAUUGCCAUGCUUUUCUUCAUCUAUGCCAUCAUCGGGAUGCAGGUAUUCGGAAACAUAAAAUUAGAUGAGGAGAGUCACAUCAACCGACACAACAACUUCCGGAGUUUCUUCGGGUCCCUCAUGUUACUCUUCAGGAGUGCCACAGGUGAGGCCUGGCAGGAGAUAAUGCUGUCGUGCCUCGGGGAGAAAGGCUGUGAGCCCGACACCACUGCGCCAUCAGGGCAGAAUGAGAAUGAGCGCUGUGGCACCGAUCUGGCCUAUGUUUACUUUGUCUCCUUCAUCUUCUUCUGCUCCUUCUUGAUGCUCAACCUGUUUGUGGCCGUCAUCAUGGACAACUUUGAGUACCUGACUCGGGACUCAUCCAUCCUAGGGCCUCACCACUUGGACGAGUUUGUCCGCGUCUGGGCAGAAUAUGACAGAGCUGCAUGCGGCAGGAUCCCGUAUAAGGAUAUGUACAAAUUAGUGCGGGUGAUCUCGCCGCCUCUGGGCCUGGGAGAGAACUGCCCCUACAGGGUGGCUUGCAAGAGGUUGGUCCUGAUGAAUAUGCCAGUAGCUGAGGACAUGACAGUCCACUUCACCUCCACACUCAUGGCUCUGAUACGGACAGCACUGGACAUCAAAAUCGCCAAAGGUGGUGCAGACAGACAGCAGCUAGACUCAGAACUACAAAAGGAGACCCUGGCCAUCUGGCCUCACCUAUCCCAGAAGAUGCUAGAUCUGCUCGUGCCCAUGCCCAAAGCCUCUGACCUGACUGUGGGCAAAAUCUAUGCAGCAAUGAUGAUCAUGGACUACUAUAAACAGAGUAAGGUGAAGAAGCAGAGGCAGCAGCUGGAGGAACAGAAAAACGCACCCAUGUUCCAGCGCAUGGAGCCUUCAUCUCUGCCUCAGGAGAUCAUUGCUAAUGCCAAAGCCCUGCCUUAUCUCCAGCAGGACCCUGUCUCAGGCUUGAGUGGCCGUAGUGGAUACCCUUCGAUGAGUCCGCUCUCCCCCCAGGAAAUAUUCCAGUUGGCUUGUAUGGACCCAGCCGAUGAUGGACAGUUUCAGGAACAGCAGUCUCUGGAGCCAGAGGUUAGUGAAUUAAAAAGCGUGCAGUCCUCUAACCAUGGCAUCUACCUUCCUUCGGACACCCAGGAGCAUACGGGAUCUGGGAGGGCAUCCUCUAUGCCACGCCUGACUGUGGAUCCCCAGGUGGUGACAGACCCUAGCUCCAUGAGACGCUCAUUUUCCACCAUUCGGGAUAAGCGUUCAAAUUCCUCAUGGUUGGAGGAAUUCUCCAUGGAGAGAAGCAGUGAAAACACCUACAAGUCACGUCGCCGGAGUUACCACUCCUCCCUGAGACUGUCAGCUCAUCGCCUGAAUUCUGACUCAGGCCACAAGUCUGACACCCACCGCUCAGGGGGCAGAGAGCGGGGACGGUCAAAAGAGCGAAAGCAUCUUCUCUCUCCCGAUGUCUCCCGCUGCAACUCAGAGGAGCGAGGGACCCAGGCUGACUGGGAGUCCCCUGAGCGCCAUGAGUCCAGGUCUCCCAGCGAGGGCAGGUCACAGACCCCCAACAGACAGGGCACAGGUUCCCUCAGUGAGAGCUCCAUCCCCUCCAUCUCUGACACCAGCACUCCGAGACGAAGUCGCCGGCAGCUCCCACCCGUGCCACCAAAGCCUCGGCCCCUCCUUUCCUACAGCUCCCUGAUUCGACACACGGGGAGCAUGUCUCCACCGGCUGAUGGAAGCGAGGGUGGCUCUCCACUGGCCUCCCAAGCCCUGGAGAGCCCUGAGGCCAGCCUGGCGGAGUCUUCCAGCUCCCGGCACGUACAGCAGGGUCAGCACGCCUCCCCACAGCGCUACAUCUCCGAGCCCUACCUGGCCCUGCACGAAGACUCCCACGCCUCGGACUGUGGCGAGGAGGAGACGCUCACCUUCGAAGCAGCUGUGGCCACCAGCCUGGGCCGCUCCAACACCAUCGGCUCAGCCCCACCGCUGCGGCACAGCUGGCAGAUGCCCAAUGGGCACUAUCGACGGCGGAGGCGCGGGGGGCCCGGGCCAGGUGUGAUGUGUGGGGCUGUCAGCGACCUCCUGAGUGACACGGAAGAGGACGACAAGUGCUAGAGGCUGCUCCCCCCUCCGAUGCAUGCUCUUCUCUCACACGGAGAAAACCAGGACCGAAUUGGGAAGCCAGUGCUGCCCGGGGGGGAGGAUGAGGGAGGAGGAAGAGAGAAGGACACCAUGCAUUAUUGGACAAGACGAAGGAAAGGACCCAAGGAAAACCAGUCGAAUGCGCCCAAUUGCUUUACUUCCCUUUGCAAGAUGGGCACUGCCAUAGUUUUGCCUCUUUGCUGGGGAAAGGAAAUACAAGAACACAGAGGGUUAUUCCCACGGCAGAAGGGACAUGAGGAUGGCUUUGCUUCCCCUUGCCCCUUCCCACUUUUCUCUAAGCCGUGGAGGGAUGGAGCUGGCCUGUGUCUACGCCCCUUGCCCUGAAAAGCCUGGAAGAUUUUUCUGGCUCUUAACUGGGGAGUCGUGGAGGCCACAGGAGAGGAACCUCCUCCCUCACCAGCUCUUGCUCCCUGGCCAGCACCACUGCCAUCAGGGCAACCGCAACGGCAUCUCAUGCAUUACCCUCUGGCUUGCUUCCCCCAAAGAAGCACAGGCUAAGUUUAGGAGCCUUGGAUGCCAAGGAUAGGAGGCAAGGAGGGAGGGAAAAGCUGAAGUGGAACAAGGGGUCAGGGUGCCGUGGCAGCAGCAGCAAGGGCUGGUCUGGGUGAGCAAAGCCAUAGUCCAGCAGCCCAGACCACAGGGGAGAGGCUCAGAGAGAUGAUUAAUGGGUGGUGUUGGGGGCAACAGUCCUGUCUCUUGGAAGCCUGUCACCCACUCAGUAGGUGCUGCAUUAGGGUAGGCCAGGGAGGUCCCUCAGGCUCCACAGAGGUCCCUGACGCUCCAGGAAGGGUGAUAUUUUAAAAGAAUUUAACCCCUCUGGCCAGCGCACCAGCUGGUGUGAGCAGAGGUUCAGCCUUCCUGCUGGAGCCCCAUGCUCUGCCAGGCCUUAGCCCUGCAAAUGCUGGUCAUAAGGGAUCCCUGAGGGGGCUGGGGGCCAUUUAAGGCACAGUCUGUUUUCCAACCAGUCUAGAAGAACGUGGAACAGUCCUACAGUUGUAUCAGCACAUACAGCCAAAUGUCAACCUAGACUCUGGCCCAGGAGCCCGCGGGCCUCUCUGCCAGUCCCUGACCAGGCAGCACACAUAAACCCAAGGUGGGCCCUACAUCACCUGGUAGAGACUUCUAGAGAGAGAGGAAAGGCAGACAGAUUGAAAUGAGAAGCUUCCAUGGGAGCAUCAGUGUGAGUUUGCUGAGGACCUCCUGGGAGGAGGGGCCCUUGGUCUGGCAGCUUCCUCAGCCAGCUUGUGCUUAAGGGUCAGUUUGGCAUGAUACUUGGAAGGUGAUCAGUAAAUAUACCUCAGCUUAGACCUGGGCUGCUCCUCCUAGCAAAGCAGGCUCUGACGGGGCCUCAUCACAUCAUGUGAUGAGACUGGGCUUUACCCCUCCCCAGAGUAAGAGCUGGGCAGAAGACAGCCUCAGGCCACUGUGUCCUUCUUAACUCCCCAAUCUCAGAAGCGUUACGAAAAAGAGAGCCUUUCUUGGCUAAUCCGUGCUCCUCUUGUUUCGACUGUCCAUUCAGGGAAGCACAUCACUCUCUAUCUGGUGGAAUGCACCGUCCCCUUCACUUCCUCCCUGGGCUCAUCACAGUAAGGAGAAGGAUCCCCGGAGAAGGGCGCCAGGCAGGGCUUUCCCUGCUCCACCAGGAGCAGAUGGGGCUUUCCUCGCAGGACCCUCCCCUGGCCUGACAUCACAGUGGACAAACACUCUUUUUUAUCCUCCUCCAGCCAAAACAGACUCCACCUCUUGGGUAGGAGAAGUUAGGGGCUGUUGUUUUUCUUAGAAGGAGCCUCUUUUUACUUAUGAAGCUUUUUGUUUGUUUUGGUUGAAAUGGAACUAAGGAGUAGUUGCAUCAACCCCGAAAAGCCAAAUACAAUCACGUGGCUGCAGGAUCAUUUGUCAUGGCUCUGCCUUCUCUUCUAGGUAUUGAUGCAGCUUCAUGACCCAUGGUCAGCCCCUCCGAUCAAAGGACUCCCAGGGCAGGAGACCAGUGAGGCAGAACAUAAGCUGCCUCCCCUCAGACCUUCCGCUCACUUUCAUUUUCAUCUCCCGCUGAGCACUUGUGUACUCGGGAGUAGCUAGCAAUGUGAACAUGACCGUGGAACGCCCCGAUCCUAACAGGCGUGUGCUUUACACAAGACUCAGGCGCUGGGCCUCAUAGUGUGGUAAAGGUUUCCUCUGCUCAGCAUCAUUUCGUGCCAAAGUGCUGCUGUGGGCUGCUUUCUGUGCACAAAAUUGCUUUCUUCCACCUCAGAAACGCAGCUUUCCCUGGGGACAGGCCCACAACAGGACAGCCGUUCUGAGUCAGCAAGUCUAUUGCAUUGUGUUUUGAGAAAAGGAAUUGAAGCGAUAUCUUAAGCCAUUUCAACAGCAGGAGAAAUUUGGGCUGGCAGAGCAAUUACCAGAAAUGGAAUUUGCCUGUAAACCACAUUACGAACACUAAAUUUGCCAUGCCAGGAAAACUUCCUGGACACCUGAACUCCUUAAACCCCUAUAUACACAAGAAUUUGAGUCUUAAACGAAGUGCUGCCCUGCAGACACAGUCUCCCGACCAACCACCUGCGUUUUUCUAGAUCAGUUUCCCCUGACCAAGAAAUUGGGUUUCUUCUCCCUUAGCCUGCAUUUAUCUUUCCAUUAAGACCAGAAAAUAAAAGUCUUCAGUUAAGUCACAGAACUCAUUAUCAUAAUCUUCUUCUAACCAUUUCCUUCUGCCUGUUGAUAAGUAUGAACUCUCACCUUCCCUCUAAUAGUUGACCAGGACACCCCUUCCUACUUACCAGAUUCUGCCUCUUCUCUUUCCCUUGUAAAGCAGCCCCUUGAGAUCUCAAAACAUGUGCUUCUCUUUGGAUUAAAAAAGUGUGGCAGCAUCUCAAGAAAUGCCAAGCAAACUGCGAACACUAUCAGUGUUUCAGACAGUGUUAUCAGACUUAGUACUGCAGGUCCCCUCAGAAGAAUCUUUAUAUAUUCAGUUUCCCUUGCUAAUAUUAGUCUUCAGCAUCCUCUCAAAACAAAGAAGGAGUGAGGGAGAGAGGAAGGGGAAAAAAAAGAAGGAAAAGAAACCAAGGUGGAGAGAUAGUCUAUGUCUGUGUUUAGAUACUCCUCUCUUCACUCACAGCUCCAGGCAGACUUCUAGUAACUCACGUGUCUCCCUCUCUCAAUCCCCAUGAGGUCAGAAUGCCAGCCGGCCUUCAAACAUAGGAGUAGAGCUCUAGGUCAAGAGGCUCUGUGAACCAGGGUCAGGAUAGAAUUACCUCCACUAUAAAGAGGGUGUACCCUUGAAUGUCCCCCCCAGGGUCAACAUAAGCCAUGAACACAACUGCCCAAUGUGGAUCUGUCCCUUCUUCUAGCUGAGGAAUCAAUUUCUAUUCUGGGCUUCACUUCUGCUCACUACUCACUGUCCCUACAGGGUACUGAAAUCACGGACAUUUCUCUGAAGCUGAAAUCCAGAUGUUCUGGAUUUUGCGCUCUCUUGACUCUGGGACCACAAAAAGACAACCCUGUAUCCCACCAUUCAGCCGGCAUCUUCUUUCCAUACACACAGCCACCUCUCGUACAACCUUUGUGAUGAGCCUGAGUGUCUCCUGCCUUCUAUUCUUCUAUCCCAGCCCUUGCUCUGCUGCAUGUUAGCAUUGACCCAACUCCUGAGAUGGUUAAAUUCACCUAGUCCAGGCUUGUUUGUUGAUGUGCCUGCCUCUGCUGUGGGGGAAUGCUUUGAUCUCAUGAAAAUGGUUGGGGAUUCACCAGGUGAUACAAGGUGAUCUGAAACAGUAUAAGGUACAGUACUAUUGGGGCAUGAUGGGGAUAUGAAAUGUUUGCAUACUCAGUGAAAGCCUACUGCAGGCAAAUUAGGUCUCUCCUGGCAUAAUAGAACAGAAUUUAAUAAUUUUUUUUUUAAAGAAAGUUCUCAAUUUUUCAUUACAUCCUAUUUCUAAAGCCUGUUCUGGAUGUCUCAUUUUUGGACAGAGUUUGUCUUUAGUAGGUUGAGCCAAGGAUACAUGGAGAUUCAUUUCUCAGCUAAGCUAUAAUAGAUAUUAUGAGGUCAUGUAAAGAAAAGGUAUAUGUGUAACAGGCAGGGAGCAGAUAGUCCUCUACCUUGGAGGGACUUUGUGAAACUGGAAGGUUAAGGAAUUUUCACCCUUUUUUUUUUUAUUUGAAUUAGUUUCAUGUUUGUUAUGAUGUGAGACCUUCAAAGGCAUGGUGCCAGUGUGCACAAAGAUCAUGGUGAGGAGAGGCAUUUCCAUGCCUUGGGGUAGCCUCUUCCUCACCAGAUUCUCCCUUCCUGUCCAUUCUUCCUCCCUAGAUUCCCAGGCCUUGAGCAUUGUCUGAGAGGUUUAGGUGAGGUCAUUGUAAGGCAAAAUAAAAGAGAGAAGUGGUCCCCCUGCAAGUGGCCAGUUGGAGUGUCAUGUUUUAAUUCCAGACAAGAGCCCCACAAGGAAUCAGGUCUAGGUUUGGAUAAAUCUAUCUCCAUACUGAGACUCUUAAUUUAAUAAAAGCCAAACAGAAUUAACUCAGGACUUAGGACCUAACCUUUGCAUGACAGGAUCAGAAGAGACGCCACAUUAAUGAGUGCUGCCUGUAUUUGCAGCUCUUUCUGUCUUUAGUUUUCUCUUCGGCGAACCACCCAGUAUAUUGUAGCCAUUUAUCCCAAUGGGCCCCAGCUGAUGGCUUCUCUGCUGGUUGCAGUAGCAGGCUUAGCUAAUGACAGCUGAGGUGAUCUGUCAGCCAUCAUGUGCUGACUGACCCUCAUUCAGUCAGAAGAACACAGACGUACCACAUGGGGGAUUGGAUAAAAAACUGAACUAUCUUUGGUUUCUGAUGGCCAUCUUUUUCUUCCCUUAAAUCCUUCCUGCUUUGACCCUCUGAUGCUUAGGCAUCCUGGAGAAAUCACUCCAAGCCAAAGAUAACAGAUCCAUAGAUUGUCCCAGCCUACCCAAAGGGCCUGGAAAGCUUCGCUUAACAAAACUCAAGCCAGUUGGUGGAGAAAUAUGAAUGAGACUCACACAGAGUCUAAUGGAGAGCUGGGGUGUCUCCAAACUGCCCUUCUAUUUUUGUAGACUUCUUCCUUCUGCUCCCUUCCCUCGUGCUAAAAAUGGGGAGAAAGGGACACUAGUAUCUUGACCUAAAUGCAAACGAUUUUAUAAUAAGCCAUGCUACUAUGUAAAUACAUUAUUGAGGCUUGAAUUCUUAUUUCUGGGGGUGUGAAAGAGUUGAGCAAAUCUGAUUUUAAAAAUGGUAAGGGGAUCUAUGUUUAUUUUUAUUUGGUAUCUUUUUGUUUCGAUUUUUUGUAACCUGCUCUAGAAUAACAAUGAAGGAUAAAUAUGUGCUCUGCAGUGUUUCUGAAUCAGCUUCUAAUUAAUUUCCAUCAAACUUAAUAUAUUUAAACCAAAAAUAUGAGGUUAUAUAGUACCAGUUCCCUCUUCUCUCUGUGUUUCUUUUGUCUGUCUUCUCCUUCUAAGUCAGUCUCUGUCUCUUGUUUCUAGGGACAUAAAAUGUAACCUACAUUAAUGUAAAGUUUCCUGAAAACUUCAGUGAGAGCCAAGGAAAGAAUAGAAUGGAUAUAGAUUUUUUUUCCCCAGUACAUCUUUAAUCAAUAAGUAGGAAAUUUAGGUCUUGAGAAGAUAAAAUGUUUAGGAGUAUGGUAAUCUGGAAAUGAAAAUUAUUGGGGGCCAAAAAUAAUUCUAUUUCAGCCUUCCGUACUAGUGCCUUCAGCAAGGGUAUUGCAUCUACAUGCUUUAUUUCCCUCACUAGGAAAAUUGAAAUACUAAAGCUUGGCUAAUUAAUGGGUGUGUCAUAGUGUUUGUAAGUAAAUUACUAUCACAUCAUUUAAAGUUCUUCGUCUCCACAAAUCAACUUAGAAAAAUCUUCUGUCCUUAUAUCCCACUAAGGACCUAUGAAAUUCUUGGCAUUGCUAUAAGCAUUCAAUUUUUUGGAAGAAACUUCAUGUUUACUGGAACCUGAAUCCCAGAUUUGCUUUAUUUUCACCAUCUCUUCUUCCCAUUUUCCUUCCUUUUUUUUUUUUUUUUUUUUUUUAGCUAAGAAAAAAAAAGUUGACUUUUGUUUUUGUUUUUAACGCAGGAAAGAAGUUGAGUUUUCAUGGUCAGACCUUCCUGGUACCUUCUUUUUGUGGACACUUAAGCCAGUCAUAGAUCAAAUAACCAUUCUCUAAUGCUUAGGAUCCUCACAAAGUCCUCUUCUCUAACCCAACAUUGACACAGGAGUCUUUUCUCUCUCUCUUUGUUCUGCCAGUUUGUCAGAGGUAAGGGAUUCUCUCUAUAUUCUGGAAACAGAUCGGUAGCAUCUAUACCAACUACUACUGUUUCCUCUUCGGUUCACUCAGAGGUGGGCCCCAGAACUGAAAGGACACUAAAACAAAGCUGCCAAAUCCAAAUUUGACCUUAUUUGGUGACUCAGUUUUCUUUCCAGUACUCUGAUUUCUUUUAGCACUAGUCUGUACCACAUAGGAAACCCACUGCUCAAAGCAAGUCUGUUAGAAGUCUGUAUAAGGGAUGAGCAGGAAAAACACACUCCAGAAUCUCAAGGUGCCAUUAAUCAAUUUAAAAAAUAAAGGUAAAAUGAAAUGAGGGCUAAACAAUGUAAUCUAACUGCCAAUUAAAGUAUACAGUAGUUCUGGUCUUAGCUACAUUUGAUGUAGUGUUCUACCACAUUAAGCAGAUCCCAACAGAUAUAGUAAAAACAUAGGCAUUGAAUUUUAAUGCCUAUCAAUGGGGAUAUAUACUUAGCCUGCAGGCCAAACUUCAACCAGUGUUUUUCUAUCCUGGUGUUUUGUGAACAAGCCAAAAUUUAUACAAAGCCACCGUAAGUGCUGCACUUGCAGAGGAACCUCCCACUCGGUGAUAUUAGAGAACAGUCCAACUCCACUCAAAUUGAGUCCCAAAUUUGAAACUCGUCCAGAAAAACCCAAUGGAGGAGAAAAAUCUAAUGCAUCAAGUAUAGUUGGCAUUUUGUAGCUGGGGCAAUGUGGGCAGAGGCUAGGAAGACAAGCUAUAGAACAAAGAGAAGGUUGAGAUGGAAAAUACCAGCUAGACCCAGGAACAGAAUUGUGUGACCUGAGAUCGUCUCUUAUACUAGAUCACUGGUAAACUUGUUAGCACGAUACUGGAUUCAGAGAAGUUCUCUCUGCUAAACUCACCAAAGGUAGUGGAUUUGAAGCCCUCAAAGGAUUAAUAGAGAACUUUUCCAGAACUGGGAGAUGGAGAGAAAGGAGGUUCUUGCUUUAAAGCAGCCCGAAGACCAUCUCUGUGACUUUAGCAACUCUUCAUUAUAGUAGUGCCAAUAGUGGAGAGAUUUUACUGAUCUUCCUAGUGGUACAAGUGCCACGGGAGGGGAGAGGGAUGGUGAGUGGGACAGGGGAUGAGCUUUAUCAGGAACAGAUUUCAAACUGCGAAGGGUGCACCGGUACCAGCCUCAAAGGAUAGCAUUACAAAAAAGUAGACAACCGGGUGUCCAGGCCAUGCCCUCUGUCCUUUGGGACUUAAGGUCAGGCCAUUCCCGCCUUGAUUUGCUCUUAGAAGAUGAGCAUGUAAGACAGGAUCAAGAGAAAAAUUGGGUGCUUUGUCUUAGGCUGUUAAAACGCUGCCACCUGCAUUACAAAACAUACGUGAGUCAAGACACUAGAGACACUUCCUUAUGGGCAGCAUCCACUGCGGUGUGCCAGCCUGACACCCCUUCAGUAAUGGUGGGUGAAUGGCAGCCAGUGCUGGCUCGCCUAGAGUAUCGGUGCAUCUUUCCUAAAGCCAGAGUUCAGCACUGCAUGUUGACCAGGUGGAUAUCCUGUAAUAUAAAUGCUCGUUUGGAUCCAAAAGGAAAAUUAUUAAAAAUAAAAGAAAGAUGAACAAAUUUAAUGUUUGGGGGGGGUCAAAGAAAAGAAUAAAUAAAACCUUGUUGUAAAGAAUUAAUCGGCCUGAUUGCCCUCACUCUUGUUUCUUUGCUCCCUAAAAAGGGAGGUCACAGGAGUGAAACCUCGCCAGAACUCUCGGGGUAAGUGGCAGCAGGUUCUGCAGUGCAGUUGGCUGACAUCUGGUCAGCCCAGCUAAUGAGGAGGAAUUCUAGAAUUUCUCAAAGUUUUACCCUGGCCCUGAAAGAUUUUCUUUUGUUAAAAGUAUUGCCUUGGAGGAAACAAACAACAACAAUAAAAAUAGGUGACAAACUGGUUCCCUGAACAUGUUAUUUUCUGGCCAGAAAAAUACUAUCUCUAGGUAAGUAGUUUUAAAUUAGACAGGGAAUCUAUGGAACACAAGGCUUUGUAAGUAAAAGAGCUACAACCAGCCUCCUCUCCAAGAGAGGACACUCACUUAGCUGCCAGGUUCAGGAAGGAGAUGACACCCCAAGACUUGGAGGAGAUACUGCCUAUUCUUUCCCUCUGCCUGUAUUACUCCUCAUUUAGUCAUAAUAGCUCCUGAGUAAGGGAAAGCAGCAGUCCUCAGGUCCCUAGGGAAGCAUCAUCUUCUAAUCCUAGUGUUGGGUUUAUUGUUUGAAUAAAUUCUUCUAUCAAUUUAAUGGAAACCAACUUCUAGAAAGAGUCCUCUAUCUCUGCAGUUCUAUCAAAGAUGACUUCUCAAGUCCUAAUGUACAUGACUUUUUAAAGAGCUUUCUUAUGAUUAAAACCAUCAAAAAAUAUGUUGGGUGGCCAAGUAGUCAGAACCCUUGGAGUCUGGAUUGGAAAUCUCAAAGAUCUUGUUCAAGUCUCAGAGUUUAUUUUCCAGUCAUAAUUUCUUUCCCAUGGCUUCUACCUCCACUGAAGUUGGAAAGACAGAAUUUGAAGAACAAUUUUACCUAAUUACACACUUCUAUGGGAUGACUAGUUGGUUUGGGCAAAGGCUGGUUUGUAAGAAAUUUUUACAUUGAUUGAUGAGGGGUUUGUUUUUGGUUUCUUUCUAAUCCAUAGUAUCCAUAGGUCCAUAGUAUUUCCCAGGCUAAUGGCACUAGGAAACACAUAUAAAGGAAAAUAGACCCUACUCUGAACUUCUCUCUGGUGUUCCUGUAUUAUGCCUCUGAGCAUCUAUUGGUUACCCUAACACAACUUGUCCCUUAACCUAAGUUUUGCCUCUGGGAUAUAAUAAAACUUGCCUUUACUUGUAUACCAUGUUCUUUUGCUAAUAAACUAGGAAAGUUUGCAAACCAGA